UUCCAGCAGCUGUUUCUCCCGAGGAUUCAUGGAGCAAAUCUGAUUCACAGUACAAUGAUAAUGUUGUGGAAACAGCUCACGUUAUGGAGCGGAAGGGAAGUAUAGUGUCAAGGGCCAACAGCAUUGGAUCAACAAGUGCAUCUUCAGUACCAAACACAGAUGAUGAAGAUAGUGACUAUCAUCAGGAGAGCAUUAAAGAUACCUACAAAGACAGAUGCCGGCAGGCACACACACAGGCUGAGCAGAAGCGCAGGGACGCCAUAAAGAAAGGCUAUGAUGAUUUACAAAGCAUUGUCCCCACCUGCCAGCAGCAAGACUGCUCUAUCGGAAGCCAGAAGCUCAGCAAAGCUGUUGUUCUGCAAAAGACUAUAGACUAUAUUCAGUUCCUGCACAAAGAAAAGAAGAAGCAAGAGGAAGAAGUGUCCACUUUACGCAAGGAAGUGAUGGCGCUGAAAAUCAUGAAAUCAAACUACGAGCAGAAUAAUCCACACGAAGGCACAGAUCAGGUAUCUGACCAGGUGAAAUUUGGCGUUUUUCAGGGGAUAAUGGACUCUCUCUUCCAGACCUUCAAUGCCUCCAUCUCUGUGAACAGUUUAAAAGAGCUAUCUGCCUGUGUCUUUAGCUGGAUGGAAGAACACUGCAAACCUCAGGUAUGGAGAGCCUGA